ACGGUCAUCAAUAUUCAAUACGAUCUAGUGUAUACGAGCUCAAACAAACAUUUCAAUUGCAAACGUUGUGUAAUAUACGUACCAAUUUUGUCGCGAUUCUUUUUUGUUGUUGUUGUGAAUAUUGUGUUUGUAAGGAUAUCAAUUUCAAAGCAAAAUGGGAGCACCAGCAACCAAACGACUACAACAAGACUUGAAACGAUUGAGAGAGGAGCCCAUCGUCGGGGCCAUGGCUCAGCCGGCAAACGAUAAAGAUAUUAUGAAAUGGCACGGUAUCGUUAUUGGUACGGACGGGACGUUUUUGGCAGGAAUUCCGAUUCGUUUUUGUCUCGAAUUCGGAAACGAUUAUCCGAAUGCUGCGCCGAACGCAUUUUUUGAGACUGAGAUUUUUUACCGGAACGGUGCUCAAAUGAGGGACUCGAAGGGAAGAAUUGCUGUUUGUUUGAGUAUUUUCGGAAAUUUUGCUCACAUUCAUACAGAGUGGGCAUCGCAGUCACAUGGCUGGUCACCGGCAUAUACUGUUUCUACCAUCUUAAUCUCAAUGCAGGCGUUAAUCAUGGGCAACAUGUUUUCGGAAAAACCGUCGGAUGUGGAACGAAUGAUUAGCAGUGCAUUGAAGUAUCGAUGUGCAGAAACCGGUCACGAUGGAUCCGACUCUGCAAAAUGGUUUCCGCAAGUUAUCACCGAUCCAGUUGAAGCUGCAAAAAUCACCCAAAGAUAUCGUGAAAAGAAUCCUAUGUCGAAUACCCCGCUGGAAAGAUUCUACAUUUGCUACGCUAACGGACAGCUGAACGCAAAUAAUUCUACCAUUGGGUAUGGCGUGCACGUUGAGAAUCCCAGAAACGGAAUACUUUCAUCACCCUGUGAAUAUCUCAGCAAGGAAUGUUUCGUCAAUGGAAACGUCCGUAAAAGUUCGACCAACAAGCCGUUCGAAUUCUGGCUACCGAUUCUGAUCAAAAGUCAAGACUGGUGCGGUCCAAAGAAUGUGAAGGCACAAUUUCUGUCAGCCGUCAACGCCAUAUGCGAUAAGAUUGGCUUCAAGAAGGAAGAACACGUUAUGGUGUUCAAAGUAUGUUCGUCACUAAUGAACAGUCUUGUAGUCGAGAUCAUGCAGAAUAAAGAUAACGCAACUGCCAACGACAAAUUCAUCAACGGAUAUUUCUCGAUGUAUCGUCUGUUACAACAAUACGGCCAGGACAAUCCAGAACUGAUCGUCUUCUCCAACAAGUCACUGCAACUUUUCAAUAAAUCACCGGAAGCACGGAAGAAAUUCAACACACCGAACGUUGGCGAAUUUUUGAUGCAUCUGACUACAUCGACUACAAUGUCCUGGACGGACAUCUCGCAAACAUUUAUGGCCGAAUGCGAAGCAAGAAAUGUAUUUUGGUAUUGCAUCGGAAAUAACAACUCACGUGCUCCUCAUCCGGAACUGUCCGAUCCGAAUUAUAAGGGCCAACGAUCGAUCAAAGUGUUCAACGCUACGGCCGUUAGCCGAAAUCUGGUCAUGUUUCAAAUAAAAUUUGCCAACGUAACGAACUUCUUGGACAUGGCCGAAUUGGAUUCGAACUAUGGACUGGCUCCGGAAAUUUUAACAGCAGAAUUGAAGAAUCUCUACGGCCAGGUGGUGGCUGUUAACGACUGGAAUGCAUUUCACGAUUUCGUUGGAAUGCCUAGAGUUAGUGUAGCGCAACGAGAAUUGGAACUCGUUCAGGCUGUGAAUAUGUCUGCCGCACAAGGUUAUCAUAGACCAGGUGGUAUGGGUGGACGUCGUUAUUAAGAUUAUAUUAAGACUAAACGUACCUGAAUUACGUCAAUUUUACUAAGAGGACGUAUCAUGAAGAAACUUUUUUUUUUUAGUUAUAUUACUUGUGUAAGCUAAUCAAGCAAAUAAAUGAACUUUUGACUUA